AUGGCGGAAGGCAAUGACAAGAGCUCCAACCCCAUGCGGGAACUCCGCAUCGCGAAGCUGGUGCUGAACAUCUCGGUCGGCGAGUCUGGCGAUCGUCUCACCCGCGCUGCCAAAGUGCUGGAACAACUGUCUGGCCAAACGCCCGUCUACAGCAAAGCCCGCUACACCGUCCGCUCCUUCGGCAUCCGCCGCAACGAAAAGAUCGCCGUGCACGUUACGGUCCGGGGUCCCAAGGCCGAGGAAAUCCUCGAGCGCGGCCUCAAGGUCAAGGAGUACGAGCUGCGCAAGAAGAACUUCUCCGAUACCGGCAACUUCGGCUUCGGCAUCUCCGAACACAUUGAUUUGGGCAUCAAGUACGACCCCGCGAUCGGUAUCUAUGGGAUGGAUUUCUACUGCUGCAUGGGACGGCCGGGUGCGAGGAUUGCGAAGCGGAGACGGGCCAAGGCCAAGGUUGGACGCGGCCACCAGGUCAGCAAGGAUGAUUCCAUCAAGUGGUUCAAGACACGGUUCGAGGGUAUUGUCCGAUAG